CGUGUGUAGGGCUAUUGUCAAGGCACCCGUAAAACUUCCAACUCAGCAGCACGAGCGAGGAAUCUUUGGAGGACUAUAAACCCACGUCUGCUAACCAAGUAGAGUAGGUGCUAGCACUUCAAACACAACAGCAUGAAGGUCUUGUCAGUGUCGCAGCUCUUUCCCUGUGUUCUCUUCCUCACCAUCUUGUUCGCUUGGCCGGCCACCGAGUCGGCGACCAGCCCCGUGACCAUGCGCGCCGACCUUACCCACGCGGACAGCGGCCGCGGCUUCACCAGGCGCGAGCUUCUCAGCCGGAUGGCCGCCCGGUCAAAGGCCCGCGUGGCCAGCCUGCACUCCUCCGCCUCUCCCGGCGCGGUGACCGCGCCGGUGGCCCGAGGCACCGUCGGCAGAGACGACAUCAGUUCCGAGUACCUCAUCCACGUCAGCAUCGGCACGCCGCGCCCGCAGCGCGUGGCACUGGAGCUGGACACCGGCAGCGACCUUAUCUGGACGCAGUGCGCUUGCGUGGACUGCUUCGACCAGCCGUUCCCGGUUCUCAACACCUCCGCCUCCCGCACCCUCCGUGAUGUCUCGUGCUCAGACCCUCUCUGCACGCGGGGCGGCCUCCCGCUCUCUCGGUGCGCCGUCAAAGACAACUUCUGCUCGUACGCCUACUACUACGGCGACGGAUCCGUCACAAUGGGUAAGAUCGUCGAGGACACUUUCACAUUCAAGGCGCCCCACAACAAGUGCGGCACGGUCGCCACCGUGUCGAACCUCCACUUUGGCUGUGGCAUGGACAACAAAGGCACCUUCAUAUCGAACGAGUCUGGCAUCGCCGGCUUCGGCCGCGGCCCGAUGUCUCUGCCGUCGCAGCUCAAGGUGCACAGAUUCUUCCACUGCUUGACAACCAUUGUAGAGUCCGGGACCAGCCCGGUGUUCCUGGGCACGCCUGACAACCUCGAAGCGCACGUCACGGGGCCCAUCCAGUCCACCCCGUUCGUCCCAAACAUUGGGAGUGCGCUCAGCUCGUUCUACUACCUUUCACUCAAAGGCAUCACCGUCGGCAAGACGCGCCUGCCGUUCGACGCGUCGGCGUUCGCGCUCAAGCGCGAUGGCUCCGGGGGGACAAUCAUCGACUCGGGCACGAGCAUCACGAUCUUACAGCGGGCCAUGUUCCGAAGCCUCCGGCAGGCGUUCGUGUCGUAGGUGCCGCUACCCAUCGCUAACGGCUCCACCGACGCCGACAGCAUGCUGUGCUUCGACGUCGCCCCGAAGAAGAAGGUGCCUGCCGUGCCGAACCUAGUCGUCCACCUGGAGGGCGCGGACUGGGACCUGCCUCGGGAGAACUACGUGCUGGAUAUCGACGACGACGACGGCACAGGCGGCGGGCUGUGCGUGGUGAUCUAUUCGGCGGGCGAGAGCGACUGGACGAUUAUAGGCAACUUCCAGCAACAGAACAUGCAUAUUGUCUACGACCUGGAGAGGAACAACAUGGUCUUCGCGCCCGCGCGCUGCGACAAGUUGUGACUGAACGCGCACUUUCAUGCGUGCAUGUAUGCUUCAGCGCCCGUGUACUGUGUACAGUUCUACUACAUACGUACUGGUUCUAAGUAAAAAGAGUGUCGUGGUUUUGUCACAGGCGACUAAAAUUUAACAUCCCGCCCUCUCUGUAUAGUGGUUUUGCACGGUUUUGGAUUUCGUUUUGGAGAUUUUACCGGGCCGGGGCGAAAUGGGCGAAAUUCGUCUUUUCGGAUUUUUUUUCGGAAAGUUU